AUGCACUCCCUCGCCAUUAGAUCCCUCUUCGCAGGGCUUCUGGUAUCGCCUUUUCUACUGACAGCAGCAGGAGAAUCACAGAAUGCAAGUACUCCGUAUCCAGAGCUUUACGCAGUACACUCCGAUUCUACACCCGUCUUCCAGAAUAUUACCGGAAAGACUGCCAAUCCAUUGGUCCACGUCCUCCAAGGUGCCGGAGUCGACCGAGUUCUUGAAAAACGCGACAAUGGACUCCCGAUUGGAACAUGUGCUCCAGGAUUUGGUGGAUGCGGCCCUGCGGUCAAGCCUUCGUGUGACGGACAGAGUGCAACGCAGCGGACAGUCGGUUACUAUGAGGGCUGGGCCGCCACAAGAGUCUGCGACAAACAGCUCCCAUCUGAUCUCGAUGUCAGUGGUUUGACGCAUAUAAACUUUGCAUUCGCCUACUUCCAUCCUAGUAGUUUCGAGAUUUUGCCUAUGAGUGAAGAGGAUAUGGCGUUAUACCCCAAGUUCACGGCCCUCAAGGAAAGAAAGCCGUACGUGUUUAUCUGGCCAACCCCUACCCUCAUUGCUUCAUCUCUGAAAGCAUGGAUUUCAAUUGGUGGUUGGGCCUUUAACGACGCAACUAACGCCCCUAAUACUCAAACUGCAUUCAGUGAUAUGGCGGGAAGUGCCGCCGGUCGCCAGAAGUUUGCACAGUCGUUGAUUAAUUUUAUGGCCACAUGGGGUUUCGACGGGGUUGAUCUAGACUGGGAGUAUCCGGGAGCGGAUGACCGUGGUGGGAUUACAGCCGAUACAGCAAACUUUGUCCUUCUCUUGAAAGAUCUCAAAGAAGCUUUUGGAGGUCAAUAUGGUUUAAGACCGUAUGUUCGUCCCCAUACCAACCUGACUGAGAUACAUCUUGGCCUCGAUCUCCUAUGGAGAAACAAUGUUGACCCUAGCAUGGUGAACAUGGGCAUCGGGUGGUACGGACGGUCAUUUACUCUACAAGAUCCGCAAUGCAAUAAGCCUGGGUGUAUAUUCUCGUAUGGGGGAAAGGCUGGAGAAUGCACCAAGUCAUCUGGUACCCUGUCAAACGCGGAAAUCCAGCGCAUUAUUAGCAAGGACAAUAUUGUGCCUACCGUGGACCGAGAGGCGGGGGUGAAGUGGAUCACAUUUGACUAUGACCAAUGGGUGUCAUACGACGAUGGUGAGACUAUGCAAAUUAAGAUGGACGUUGCAAAUCAGCUAUGUCUGGGUGGAACUUUAAUCUGGUCCCUUGAUCAGGAUAGUUUGACUCAUACUAGCAGUAACGAUCUCGCUGGUCUAGGCCUGGCCAAUGGCGUUUCUGCUGAGGAAGCAGCAUUGGCGAAAGAGAUUUUGAAACAGGCAGGCAGAACUGUCAUUGUCCGUAAUACAUGCCACUGGUCAGCGUGUGGUGAGGACUGUGGACCUGGAUACUUUGCGCAAACGUAUGCUAAAGGUCAGUCUGUGGGUAUCCGCCGAGAAACGGCAUGCCCUGGGGAUGAAGUGAAAACGUUAUGCUGCGCUACAGGGACAAAGAUUGGCACUUGCUCUUGGCACGGAUGGAGAGGCGUCGGUGGACUGGGGGCGAUCCCUGGGAUGAUGGCUGGAAGCCUUUUGAGCUUCAUCAUUGGAAAUAUAUGUCCAAAGUCAGACAGUACCGGCUCAUCAGAGGAAUAUGCCGGAAUGAUCGCCAAUACAAUCGGACAAGGUGCCCUUGGACCAAAUGGGCGUGAUACAAGAGGCGUCCCAAAAAUCGAAAUUAAUCUCAGCCCUAAGAAACCGCCACAAGGGAAACCUCGUCAACGAUUGCCUGUGCGUGGGCGAUAUACAAUGGCCCAAUACAAGAAGAAGAAGGAUAAAGACUGUUCCGUCACUUACACUUGUGAAUAUGGGCAUGGCUAUGAUGAGGUAUGCGACAAUCAGCGCUGCGCAAUCGAUAAGGGCCUUGGUGGAAAGACAAUCUAUCAUAAGCACGAAGGCCCGAGGCCCGGGGAGACAGAAAAAGACAACUGGUCAUUACUGGACAGACGACGAGAGUACUAUACGCUAGCUAACGCCAAGCCUUCGCCCAAUUCUCGUGGCCGCUGCAACGCUAGCGAUGAGUUUCCCAUGGCAGCUCUCGAAGAAGGCAUUGACGGCAACUACAAAGUGGUGCGAUUGAUAAACGGGAUUGCAAAUGGAAAGCAAGCACAGGCCAUGGUUGGAAUAUGUUUGGGUUUGCCACCACCACCACCAAUCACUUGGGCAUUUGGCGCAUUCCCUGAAGGAGACGACCGCGCCUCGGGGUUUGAGGAGCACUUCAUUAAGGCUUAUGGCAGAAAGCCUGUGCUGGGGUACGUUGAACUCUCCGCCCUAUCUCUGAUCACCUCUCCCGUCCCAGUCCAAUUGCACCCAACAGCUCUAAUUUGGUUCCGCGCCAAGCUUGAUGACCCGAUGUUCAACCCUCCAUAUAACUGGCCUACGUUUAAUCACUAUAACAAACCCCCGUCAUCACCCGACAACCUUCCAAAAAACGUAUUUGACUCUCAAUGGUGGAAACGAGAGGUUGCGCGAAGUGUGCUUCAGAGGGAUCUACCUAUGUCAGCCAUCUACGAGGCCGAAAAGAUAUCUUUGGCUCGAGAUGCCCAAUCUAAGGCGCAAUCCUCAACCCUAACUGCAGCUGUGGUCGACCUUUCCUACGAAAAUGACCUGGAAAGCCAAAGGCCGUCUCUAAACGAUAUUCUGGCUGAGACA